CAGAGGGCGCUCCCUUAGUUGCAAAUCUCUAUGAAAAAAAAAUCCCUGAAAGAACUAUAUUAUUUUCUUCCGAUGGUGAGCCGCCUUUUUUCCGUUCUUUUUCUUUCUUUUUUUUCUCUCCUCUCCCCUUUUUGGCAAACGGAGGACAGGAAAAGAAGACAAAGAGGAGGAAGUAGAAAAACAACGAUGGAGACCCAGCAGGGAGAAUGAUGAGCAGACGAGGACUCAGAUAAAAAGAGAGAGGGGAGAGAUAGAGAGGAAUAUUGACACAAAUUGACGGAAGGAGACCGAUUGAUGGAGAAGCAGGCAUGGAGAGGCGGGUGGCUAGAUGGAUGACAGAGUGACGCAUAUAUUUCUAGCACCAGGAUCGGAGCAGUGAGCAAAAGAAGAUAGAGGGGGUCAGGCAGAUAAACAGGUCGAGAAAGAAAGAAAAAGAAAAAGGGAGACAUGGGAUAAAGAGAACCAAAGAGCAUAAGCGAAAGGUAGCAACCCGGGUAGAAAGCUCUGGAUUUUCUUCUCCAUCCAUCUCUCCACACGACACAACUCUCCAAACUUGUUUCCUGAUGUCGGGACGUGCGGUUCGAGCUGAGACGCGGAGCCGGGCAAAAGAUGACAUCAAGAAAGUGAUGGCAGCAAUCGAACAUGUCCGCAGAUGGGAAAAACGAUGGGUGACUGUUGGGGAUACAUCUCUCCGAAUCUACAAGUGGGUACCGAUUGUGGAUCCCCGGGAUGAGGAGAAAAGGCGGCUGGCAGGCAGCAGCGAGCAGCAGAGGACCAAAGACAGGAGAUCCCAGCUACCCAGCCUGCGGAACAACCCUGCUCUACUCAUGUUGGACCUCAAUGAUGAGAACAGCAACCAGAGCUCUCUUUCGGAGACCUCCCUACUGAAAGGGGGAGACACCAGUCCCACCCCCACCCCGGACCGCAGCCAAACUGUAACUCCCACCCUGUUAGGGGAGUUAAAAGCCGAAGACUCACAACCCCCUUUGCUGGGGCAAGAAGGAGAUUCUGGGGUGCUUCUUCUUGAGGGAACAGACGAACCCCCCAUGCUAACCAAAGAAGAGCCUGAUCCUAAGAUAGCAGAUUCCCAGGCACCAGAGACCGCAGGCCUUACGGAGCCCAAGAAGCCCUGUGAAGAGAUGAGCCCUGAGGCAGAUGAGUUGCCAUCGCUGGGAGCUCCGCCACUGAAGCGUAUCCGCACUGAGGCACGAGAUUCGGAGUCCAGCCAACCCUCGGAAGCUUAAGCUGAGGCCUGCUUCUGCCCUCCUCACCUCUUUUGAUAGGGUGUGUGUGUUUGGGGAAAUGGGGACGAGGACUGGGCGGCACUUGCUGGGAAGAAUAGAUUGCUAGUAAAAUGUGGUGCAGGACAGCCCACACCUGCCCCUCCUCCCCAGACAUCUGGGGACUGUCACCAUUUCACUGCCCUCGCUGCUGGCACAGUGCCAUCAUAAGGCUCAGGUAGGUGAAUAAACAUGGCAGCGCUGUUGGAGACAGAGAGGCGGCCAUGUUUGUUUACAUACGGCAGCCAUUUUUUGUGUUUUUUUUUAAAAAACGUACUGCAUGCAUGAUUUGCAGUAUUAAAAGGGAACAUGGCAGUGGGAAGGGAAGCACAAGCGGCUUAGCCACCUUUAGCACCGUUUUUCUUGGGAGAAAAGCGGGGUACAAAUCAAAUGCCGUAUGAAGCAGAGGCAGGUGCAGGGACAUUGGUGGUGAGGAGGCAAUGGUCAUGUCGGCUUAGCCUAACUAAUGUGUCAUAUGGGGCACAGUACCUAUUAAGGAAAUGAAAAUUACACUCUCUAAUAGGGAGACGUAAGCACACUUGCCAGAAGAAAAAGGAUCAAAGGGAUGUUAAACACACACACCAGGAAAAUCAAAAGGCUCUCAGGUUCUAUUUUUCCAACCUAGAGUGGAAGAGCAUCCAGUGCAUACAAGUCUGCGUCCACCCCAAAUCCCAAUUUUGCAACCAGGAAACUCACAUCCUGCGAAUCCAGCGAAACAUGCCAAUUAAGUUUACUUCGUUUUGCCUGGUUUUAUUGCUUUUGUGACUCUGACAAGAGUGGAGAGGGACGUGGACGUGUUUUUGGGAUUGUCUUCAGAAUCCUAUGGACCAGGAACUUACUUUAAAAAUAAAUAAGCUACAGUGUCUUAGGAUGCCAAAUCCCGUCCUGGUUUGCAGGCACACGGGAUACAUGCAGCCCUGAAUAGGUGAAGGAUCAGUCGUUAAUAGCUAAAAUGAGUCCUGGAGGUAAAGCCGACACCAAAGUUAUACGCUCUGUCCUAAAAGCUCUUUUGUCUAAUCCUAGAUAUGUGAGGUCUGCUUUUGGCUAUUUUGUUAAGACCGGGCAAGUCACUAUGCAUGCUCAGAAGUAUUUUCUGUACUAUUGUUACUUCAUGUAUUUGAGCUUACUGCCUUGGAACUGAAACAUUCUAGAGCUACAAUCGUGUAGGUUCUGGCUCUAAGUAAUCCCUGUCAGAAAAAAGAGAAACGGGUUCUCAGGAUGCAAAUUAUUUAUUUUCACGAAGCCCGAUGUGUUUCGACUUGUCCUUUAUUCAAAGGUUGCCAUAGAUUAUCACAGGAAACAGUUAUUUUGCUAGAGGAAAUUCUGCAGAUACUAUCUUCUAACAACCUUUUGAGGAAGGCCUUUGAAUAAAGUACAGGCCGAAACAUGUCGGGCUUCAUGAAAAUAAAUAAUUUGCAUCCUGAGAACCUGUUUCUCUUUUUUCUGACCUGUUUUGGAUGCUCUCCUCUUGAUUUUGGUUCUAAGUAACACCUAGCAAAGGAGCAGGUGGAUCUUGAAUUCUACUCUAGGAGGGGAAGGAAGCCUCAUCUGUAGAGAUAGGAAGCAAGAAUGAGAAGUUUCUGGCCCAUAUAUCUUGGGUGGCACCAGUCUUUGUAGGCAUAGAGUCUGCUAGGUUGACCACUGAGGGUCGGGACCACUGAGUUCCGUCCCCAGAUCUGGAUGGAGAAUUUGAGGAAAACAAGAGGCAAAGCACAAGGAAUCUAUCAGUGCUGUAGGUGGGGUAGAGAAUUAAUCUGGGCUGUGGAUUCUGUGGUGUAUAUACAUACAUUUUUCAUUAUAGCGUUUGCUAUUCGACAGCAAGCUUUGUGAUUCCGCAGCACCAUGCCUGACACGAAAUGUUGUUAGCUUUCUUUACCGCUGACUGAGCUUUGGCAGUACUUUCUGUCCCUUCUCUCCACUUCCCAAUCAUUCCAUUAAGAUGGAACUUUGGGUACCAUAAAGACACGGCAAUAUCCUUCGUACCUGUCUUAUCCUUCGUACCUGCCUGAAGACAUGUGUCGUAUAAUAAUAGUUUGUAGGCAUCCAUGACAUCACAGCUGAUAAUCAAAAUGAAUAGCAAUGUCACAAGAUGCAGGGUUGUUUUUUGUUUACAAGCUUUGAUGUGUUCAGUAACCAGUCUUUAAAACCGUUCCUUAUUAUUUUUGCUCUAAAAUGACUCCCUUGCGGCGCCUGCUUCCUCCUUUGCCUGUUUCUCGGUGGAAUAAGAGUUCUGAAGAGCACUAAUUGCUUGAUCGAUGUAACCAAACACCUCUCCAAGUAGUAUAAGGCCUCAUUGAUUUAACUGUAUACGUAAAGUACAAGAUCGUUUCAAGAAGUGUACUGAGAUUCAAGUGAAGACUGUCCAUGCUACUCUGCUAGCUCGGUAUUUUUUUCCUGAGGCAGGAGGCCCAGCUGUCAGGACAGGUGUAGCCGGCAUUACUCUCUCCCAACCUGAGCUGUUCUGAAAUCCUUGGCCAUCUUUCCUUGCUAGCGUUCUUCAUCCAUCCAGGUGGGAAUUGCUGUCUUUUUGGUGUGCACACAAGCCAUUCGCGCCCAAUUUACCUUUUCUUUCAAGUCCAGUCCUCGAUCUAAUUUCUCCGUAAGAUGCAGGUUUCAAGUGGUGUGUGUCAUUAGAAAUCCCAUAGAUGACAUUGGGCGUGUUCAGAAGACACCUGAAACCAUGGCUUUAACCACGGUGAAUAAGGCCUUUUGCUUUAUUCACCGUAGUUAAAACCAUGGUUUCAGGUGUCUUCUGAACACGGCCAUUGACCCAAUUCAGCUCUUAAAAGCAGAACUGGAGGGGAGGGGGGGGGGCUACCAUUGGGCAAGGUGAGGUUGUCCACCCCGCUCAGCUGACAGAUUUCAGGAUAUCAUUAAAGAGCAGCAAAACGUCAAUGCUUUACUUAAUUGUUAUGUUUUUACUACAAGGGGAAAGGGGAAUGACAAUUGCUUUUUGAAUUCCCUGCUUCAGUCAUUAAGAACCUCACCCUCGUGGGUAGGCUAGUAACAAAUGAACAACACAGCAUAAGGAAAUCGAAUAUGAAAAGAGGGAGCAAUGCUACCAGUGGAGUCCAAGUCUGAGAGUUAAGUCCCCUAGCUGAUUUCAUUCAAAAUGAGUGCAGGUAAGUCUUGUUGGCUUUGUGAGGGUUUCAGAACGGCAUUUCUGAACCUUGCUAUGUUUAAAGUGGGAACACUUGCCAGUCUUUUCUGGAAGGGCAGACCCGCCUUAACAGCUUUAUUAACUAAGCCCCUUCACUGCUGGCCCAAGCUGUUUUAUGGCCUGAGGCAGAACCCCCAAAGUGGUGUCCCUUCAGCCUGCCAGGGCCAACAUUUUAAGAUGUCUUGGUGCACCAUUCUGACACCCGUUCUUGCCUUCAGCAAUCCCCACGCCCAUCCCCCCUGAAGCACUUCACCCUGUUAUGUGGCAGAGUCAAGCCUGGAAAUUGAACAUUCACGUCAGCUGGGUCUUAGGAACUCACCAGGACAUGGUGGGGUGGAUGGAGGUGGAGUUCAACGUCUGAGGGAGGAAAAGGGGGAAAAAAAGGGUUCUUUCCUGAAAGAUAAACACGGGACAAACAAGCACAUAUGGAAUUACGUACUGAGGUGGCUGUCCAACCUUCUUCCUCUUAAGGAUGGCCAAGGCAUUUUCUCUGCAUUAGGUAUGACAUGCUUCAAACGCCUCAACAAAUGGCACCAAUCCUGAGCGGAGACUGCUGCGUGUGACAAGGCCCAUUUGCACGCCCCUGGCAUCAGUUAACACGGCCCAUUGUGGGUUUGCCUCAAGGAGGACAGACAAUUACUGUAUGUCUUGUCACACACGGUAUUUGCACAAUUUCUCACAUGGAUAUGCUAUUCCGCGUGGGAGCUUUUCAAUAUUUGAUGUAGGCCCGAAGACAUUAGUUCAUGGUGAAGCACCUAAUAGAAGAAGGAAGUAUGCCAUUGUUUAUUUUAGCAAUAAUGUAUUAAGAGUGUUUCCCCCCGUUAUACCCAGUGUUUUAUAAGCAGUAUUUUUGGUUUUGAUUUUACAUUGUAAUUUUCCUAGUCUAUAAAAUAUAUUCCUCAU